UCGUGUGACUCAAACGGGCGUGCGUGCAUGUCCGCCUAGCCUACUCGCCCGCCAGCCCCCGCGCGCGAGAGAGAACGAACGAGCGCACGAGUCGAGGCGGAUCCGCUCGACUCUCACGCUCCGCUCUCUCUCUCUCUCUCUGUUCCCCGUCGACAACAAAAGCAAAAAUCUCGGCGGCGCUCUGGCCGUGCUGGUGACGAUGAUGGAGGGAUUCGCCCCCGCGUGGUUUCCCGGCGGCGUGGGCGGGCACCAGGUGUCCGCGGGCUGCCACCAAUCGCGCGACGCAACCAAUCACGCGCCAGGCGGCGCCUUCGAGGCGCAGUGCGCGACCAAUGACGCGGCGGAGGCGUCGCGACUCGACGCCGAGGCCCCGCCACGCGCCCAGGACUCUCACGGGGGGUCCGCGCGGCGCAGCCACAGCGCAUCAUCAUCCGAGCGCUCCUCCUGCGACUCCACGCGCUUCUCCGCCUUCGCCUCCUCCUCCUCCUCGGAGCCCAGCUCGGCCGCGCGGAUGGCGUCCGGGGCAAUGUUUCCUUACCUGAGCACCCACCCCGCCUUCGCAAUGUCCGGCGGCGGCUACGGCUCGCACCCGUCCUACCUGUCCGGAGCCGCGUCCUUCAACUCGGGCAUGCCCGCCUCGGCGCGGAGUUACGCGUACCCGCACCAGAUGGGCCACGGCUACCAUCACCACCACCAUCACCACCACCAUCACCAGGGAGGAGGAGGGCCCUUCCACCCGUCCGGCUCGCCGCAGCCCGGCGCCGUGGCUGCGCACGGCAGCGUGCAGGCGUACCUGUGCAACCGCGCGCUCUGGCUGAAGUUUUACCACCACCAGACGGAGAUGAUCAUCACCAAGCAGGGCCGGAGGAUGUUCCCGUACCUGGCGUUCAGCGUGUGCGGGCUGGACCCGGCCACGCACUACACGGUGUCUGUGGACAUCGUGCUGGCCGACACGAACCACUGGCGCUUCCAGGGAGGCAAGUGGGUCCCGUGCGGCAAGGCGGACUCCAACAUGCACGGUAACAAGACGUACGUGCACCCGGACUCCCCGAACACGGGCGCGCACUGGAUGCGCCAGGAAAUCACCUUCGGCAAACUGAAGAUCACCAACAACAAGGGAAGCACGAACAGCGGGCAGAUGAUCGUGCUGCAGUCGCUGCACAAGUACCAGCCCCGCCUGCUCGUGUCCCGCGCGGGAGAGGCGGCGGCCCUUCCGGAGGGCUCCGAGCAGAGCCGCACACACUCGUUCACCUUCCCCGAGACGCAGUUCAUCGCCGUGACCGCCUACCAGAACACCGACAUAACGCAGCUCAAGAUCGACCACAACCCAUUCGCCAAGGGCUUCCGCGACAAUUACGACGCCAUCUACACGGGCAUGGAGGCCGAGGGCCAGAGCCCCUCUCCCACCAACUCGCCACCCUCCACGCAGAUCGUCCCGGGGGCUCGCUGCGUGGCGCCGGGGCAGUACCUACUGCCCCCGUCCCUGGGCUCGGCCAUCGCCAAGGCGCGCUACGGCGUGGACGGGGGCGAGCGCGCCGUGCCGCAGUCCCUGGGCCUCUUCCCGCAGGCGGACGACCCCGGCUCGAGCGCCGCCGCGGCCGCAGCAGCCGCGGCCGCUGCCGCGUCCCAACGCUGGUUCGUGUCCCCCGCCUACGACCGCGAGCUGGCCCCCUACCCCUACGGCGUGAACAUGAAGCCGCUGCCGUUCCAAGCGAGCGCUCACGCCCUCACCUACUACUCCGAGGCCGCCUUCCCCAGCAACGGCUGGAACUCGCUGUCCCCCUAUCCGUCGUACGGCGCCGCCGCCGGCGCUCUGGACGCCGCCGACUUGCGCGACGGAUCCGCCUCGAGCGCCGCCUCCGCCGCGGUGACCAACGACGCCGACGUUUCGCUGUCCGGCCUCCACGGCUCCGGGGCGCCGCCGCGGGACGGGGAGUUGAACCGGACGCCCGAGCAGCGCGGCGGCGGCGGCGGCGGCGGCGACAGCUCGGGCGUGGAGGCGCCGUCUGACUCGAGUUGGAGCGAGACCCCCGCCGCCUACCGCAUGGCAACCCCCGCCGACUACGAGGCGGGGGUCGCCGGGGGGAUGGGGGCAGCGAAGCGGCGGCGCCUCUCGUCGGACUGCGCGGCCGCCUCCGCGGAUGUCCUGGGCCACGGCGGGUCCAUGUACCCGCACCACGACGCGUUCCGUGCCAAGGUGAAGGCGGAGGGAGAGUACCUGGGGCUGUUCGUUCACGGACAGGAGUGACGGAACGACGGUCAUUCAUUCGCUCAUCCGAUUGAUUGUUCAGUCGUUCGUCACCCGACCCCUUCCCGUUUCCCCACUCCCCGGGUGCCUGUCCGUUGCUUCUUCGUGCCGUCGAUUCGUGCACUCAUGCCGUGAUGUACUCCUGCGCACAGACUCUGGUGAACUGUGAAUUGCUUGUUUGUUAAAUGACAGUCAUAAUCCUAAUCCCUCCCUGCCCUCCCUUAGGUAACUUAUAUUACGAGUCGAAGGAGCGGGGAAUGAAUGUAAUGUAUCGUGUCGGUUCUCCAAGCGGAGUGUGUACAUUUACUGUGACGUGUGUACAGAUAAUAACGAAGAUUAUACGCGUUGCCCACGUGGCUUGGAAGUUACCUCUGUUGUUGCGAGCGACCGGUUGAGUUGAAUUGAGUUCUAUCGACCUCUCUGGAGAAGGAUUUUGACUCGUGGAGACCACAGUAUAUGUGUGUGCGCGCCGUACUCUUGAAAUCACCGCUUGAAUUUCCCUGCCAAGGCGAGUGGAGCGAUGAGGAUGGAGGAGGAAGAUCGCGUGUUUUAGUGAGAGUCGUGUGCCGCGCGAGUGAUGGGUGUCCUCGAGUAUUUUUAAACACUUCGCUACCCCGUAACAGCUUCUUUCAAUUGCGUCGUCGCUAAAUCCGGGAAGCCACAAGACAUUGAACAAUAAAAUAAAUUUUAUCUCGUACAGUCCACGCGUCUGAGGGCUUCACACCUCGCUCUCACAUCUGAACCCAACACCUCACACCAUCCCCCCCCCCCACACACCCUCCCCCCACACACCUCCCUCACACACCCCACCCCCACAUCGCACCUGCCCUCCCCUCGUGCACAGGUGAAACCAUCGGUGCUCUGAGUCCUUCCUGUAUC